ACUAUCUCAGGAAAUUUUAUCAUUUCCGGCCACCAGCCUAACAAUUUUCCUACCACAUUUUCUCUACCAUUCCCAUUCAAAUUUAACUGAUCAUCUUAACCCAGUUCGAGCUUUUUGGUAAUUUGUGGCUUCGAUCAAUUUCUUCACCCCCCCCACAAGAAACAAUGGCCGCAUGCAAUGGCAACGGAGCUGCAAAUGCGAUUGAGUUUUGCACCAGUACUACUCAUGACCCUUUGAACUGGGGCGCGGCGGCGGAGUCGCUGAAGGGCAGCCACCUUGAGGAGGUGAAGCGCAUGGUGGAGGAGUUCCGGAAGCCGGUCGUGAAGCUCGGCGGCGAGACGCUGACCAUUUCCCAGGUGGCAGCUAUUGCCACCCACGACGCCGGCGUCAAAGUUGAGCUCUCUGAGGCUGCUCGGGCCGGCGUGAAGGCGAGCAGCGAGUGGGUGAUGGACAGCAUGAACAAGGGCACCGACAGUUACGGUGUCACCACUGGUUUUGGUGCAACCUCACACAGGAGAACCAAGCAGGGCGGAGCCCUUCAGAAGGAACUCAUUAGAUUCUUGAAUGCUGGAAUCUUUGGCAAUGGCACUGAAUCUUGCCACACAUUACCCCACACAACGACGAGGGCGGCCAUGCUGGUGAGGAUCAACACCCUCCUCCAAGGCUACUCCGGCAUUAGAUUUGAAAUCAUGGAAGCCAUAGCCAAGUUUCUCAACCACAACAUCACCCCAUGCUUGCCACUCCGGGGAACAAUCACUGCAUCCGGCGACCUAGUUCCUCUGUCCUAUAUAGCUGGGCUUUUGACUGGCAGGCCCAAUUCCAAGGCCGUAGGGCCCAAUGGGGAGUCCCUCAACCCCACCAAGGCAUUCGAGCUUGCCGGAAUCAGUGGUGGGUUUUUUGAGUUGCAGCCCAAAGAGGGUCUGGCGCUCGUGAACGGCACUGCAGUUGGGUCCGGCCUAGCUUCCACGGUUCUCUUUGAGGCGAACAUUCAAGCAGUUCUCUCUGAACUCAUAUCAGCAAUUUUUGCCGAAGUCAUGCAGGGGAAGCCCGAAUUUACAGACCACUUGACACACAAAUUGAAGCACCACCCCGGCCAAAUAGAGGCGGCGGCUAUAAUGGAGCACAUUUUGGAUGGAAGUGCUUAUGUUAAAGCGGCUCAAAAGUUGCACGAGACUGAUCCCCUUCAGAAGCCUAAACAAGACCGCUACGCCCUUCGCACCUCUCCACAAUGGCUAGGCCCGCAGAUUGAAGUGAUCAGGACAUCAACCAAAAUGAUUGAGCGGGAGAUUAACUCAGUGAAUGAUAACCCAUUGAUUGAUGUGUCGAGGAACAAGGCUCUACAUGGUGGGAAUUUCCAAGGGACCCCAAUUGGUGUUUCUAUGGAUAACACGCGCCUCGCCGUUGCUUCAAUUGGAAAACUCUUGUUUGCUCAAUUUUCCGAGCUUGUUAAUGACUUCUACAACAAUGGGUUGCCUUCAAAUCUCUCGGGAGGCCGCAAUCCAAGCUUGGAUUAUGGGUUCAAAGGCGCUGAAAUCGCCAUGGCAUCUUACUGCUCCGAGCUCCAAUUCCUAGCCAACCCUGUCACCAAUCACGUCCAAAGUGCUGAGCAACAUAACCAAGACGUGAACUCCUUGGGGUUGAUUUCGUCAAGAAAGACAGCCGAGGCCGUGGACAUUUUGAAGCUCAUGUCAUCCACUUUCUUAGUCGCAUUAUGCCAAGCGAUUGAUCUGCGGCAUUUGGAGGAGAACCUGAAGAACACAGUCAAGAAUACAGUGAGUCAAGUGGCGAAGAGAGUCCUAACCAUGGGAUCUAAUGGCGAGCUUCACCCAUCCAGGUUUUGUGAAAAGGACUUGCUCAAAGUUGUGGACCGAGAGUACGUUUUCGCCUACAUCGACGACCCUUGCAGCGCAACAUACCCAUUGAUGCAGAAGCUGAGGCAAGUCCUGGUGGAGCACGCGUUGAGCAACGGCGACAAAGAGAGGAACUUGAGCACAUCCAUUUUCCAAAAGAUUGGAUCCUUCGAGGAGGAGCUUAAGGUCCUUUUGCCAAAAGAAGUAGAGAGCGCAAGAAUAGAGCUGGAGAAUGAAAAACCGGCAAUCCCGAACCUGAUCAAGAACUGCAGAUCCUACCCAUUAUACAAGUUUGUGAGAGAAGAACUGGGAACAGGUUUGCUGACCGGUGAGAAAGUUCGAUCUCCGGGUGAAGAAUUCGACAAGGUAUUCUCGGCAAUGUGUGCAGGGAAGUUGAUUGAUCCCAUGAUGGAAUGUCUGAAAGAGUGGAAUGGUGCUCCUCUUCCUAUUAAUUAAGAUGCUUAAUUUUGUUUUUGUCACUUGUUUCAGUUUUUGAUUUUACAGUACAUUGUUGUUUCUUUAAACGCACGUGGAAUAUGUAAUAUCAAACUCAACGUUUAUUAUGCUAGCUGUUAUUAUUAUUA